AGAUUUUUUGAAAUUGGAAGACGGUUGAAACAUGAUUUGACGUCAUAUCCCUUGCUAGGUAUAUCUUACGUGUUUUUUGGAAACGGAUUAGACCGCAUGAAAGGAAUUGAAGUGGUUGGUCGUGAGACAAUUAAACAGAGCGGCAUUCUUGGGGCGUGGUUCGGCCCUCGUUUUUAUAUCUCGAUUGCAGACCCAGUGCUUGCGGAACUGAUCCUGAAAACAUGUUUAGAGAAGGAUGAAUUGACGAAGUUCACGCAAGACGCUAUCGGACAUGGCAGUAUCUAUGCCCCAGUAAAAAUCUGGCGUCGCCGCCGCAAGAUGCUCGCGUCAAACUUCAGCAAAAAGAUUCUGAAUAGUUUCGUGAGUUCCUUCGCGAGACAGUCUCAGGUGAUGGCUGACUGUCUAAAGCCAGGCGACGUCCCUGCCUGGAGACACCUCUCUGCUUGUACGCAGGACAUCGUCUGUGAAACAAUCCUGGGCAUAGACUUAAAAGCACAGAGAAACCCUCACAACCCGUUCUCGGAGGGUCUCACCGAGGGUUGUCAGCUGAUUGCAACCCGCGUCUGCACACCCUGGUUGCAUAGCAACCUGGUCUACCGUAACCUGCCCAGCUUUAAGAGGCUUAAAGUACUCGUCGAGUAUUUGUACACGUUUAUUGAAGAUGUGAUAAGUGACAAACGAAAACGAAUAAGGGAACUAAAAGACGGAAAUGAUGACCGGAAUCGCACCAGAUCUGUGCUUGAGUUGAUGCUAGUGACGUCAGAAGGUGAAGGGUACACCGACUUGGAGCUUCAAGAAGAGACCCUGACGUUUAUGAUAGCUGGUAACGACACGUCGGCCUCCGGUGCUGGCUUCACGCUGCUUAUGCUGGCUAGACACCAGGAUGUACAGCUGAAAGUUUAUGACGAGUUAAAAGAAGUAUUUGGUGACUCCACGCGUUCUUUGACAGCUGAAGAUCUGCCUAGACUGCAGUACCUAGAUCUAGUGUUGAAGGAAUCUCUGAGACUGUACCCACCUGCUCCUGUCGUGUUGAGAAAAGUAGAAGAAGAUGUCAAAUUACCCUCAGGCAUCGUCCUUCCAGCCGGUAGUGGUGUCCUGGUGAACAUCUGGGCGCUGCACCGCAACCCUGAGUACUGGGGCGCUGAUGCGGAGCAGUUCCGGCCGGAGAGGUUCCUCACGCCGCUCACGCAUCCCGCGCAGUUCAUGCCCUUCAGCUACGGACCACGAAACUGUUUGGGCAACCACUUCGCAAUGCUAGCAAUGAAGACACUACUAUCCACUCUCCUGCGCACAUUCCGUGUACUCCCACCAUUCUGCGCAGGCGCGGACCACGUUCCCCUGCGGCUGACAUUCGACAUCAUGAUGAAAGAUGUUGACAACUACAUGUUGACAUUAGAAUACAGAAAAUAAAUUAAA